GCCAACAGGUGCUUAAAAAGGGAACAGGAGGGCUUUAGCCUGCAGGAGAUCCCUCAGCUUCGAUCCGACACUUCACAAACAAGGAAGUUUAACUUACUCCUCAAGGAUGGUGAAGGCUGUGCUUUCUGUGGUUUUGGUGUUGGUGGUUAUUUCCUCCACCAUUGCCAAAUACAUCCCAAAGACUGGCAAGAGGAUCCCACAGACUCUGUCAAGAGGAUGGGGUGACCAGCUGAUCUGGGCUCAGACAUAUGAAGAGGCUCUCUACUGGUCAAGGUCAAGGAACAAGCCGCUGAUGGUUCUGUUUCACCUGGAGGACUGUCCACACAGCCAGGCUCUGAAGAAGGUCUUCUCUGAAAACAACGAGCUCCAGAAAACGCUUGAUGAGGAUUUCAUCGUUCUCAAUCUAGUGUAUGAAACCACAGACAAACAUCUGUCUCCUGAUGGACAAUAUGUUCCACGGAUCCUUUUUGUUGACCCCUCAAUGACUGUAAGGGCUGACAUCAAUGGCCGCUACUCCAACCGCAUGUAUGCCUAUGAAACAGCAGACAUCAACCUGUUAAUAAGCAACAUGCAGAAAGCGAAGAAGCUCCUGAAGGCUGAACUCUGAGGACCAGGACUUGACCCAAUUUCACCACAGAACCUUUAUUUUUCUCAUCUUGAAUAACUUUACUGGUUCAUACAAUUUUUGAAUAAAAUCAUUUGAACAUAAA